UAUUUUGCCCAUAAUCUGAAUAAUAUCGUCAAGACGUCGACCUUGUGGCCUUGUUCCCUAUCCCGGAGGACACUUCAAGUUCAUAAUAAUUAUUAUAACAAAUAAAUAUUAUUAUUGACCAGUGACAAUUAUUACUCUACUCAUCAAUAAUAACUGGCCACUGGCACAGUAAUCAAUUAAAUACACCGUUAUAUAGUUAGGUAAUAUCGUUGAAAAACCUUAUUUCCUCAAUCAUGUCUGUCGUUUACAAAGCUGUAAUUUCAACAGUUGACAAAGUUGUACCGCGGAGCUUGAGGCCACUAUGGGAACAUCCAGCGGGUCCAAAGACUAUUUUCUUUUGGGCACCUGCAUUUAAAUGGGGUUUAGUUAUUGCUGGCAUUGGAGAUAUUACCCGUCCAGCAGAAAAAAUUAGUAUAUCUCAAUGCUCAGCAUUAGCUGCUACUGGUGUUGUGUGGUCACGAUAUUCGCUCGUCAUCAUACCGAAAAACUGGAGCUUAUUUAGUGUUAAUGUUUUUGUGGGUGCUACAAAUAUAUAUCACUUGGUCAGAGCUUUCAUAUACCAGCAAGAACAAAAGAAAGCAUUGGAAAAUGGCAGUAAAAGUGAUAGUUGAUUUAAUGUGUAUUUUUAUACAUAACUCAAUGAUAAAAUAAUUUUACUAUGUUUUUGUUGUAUACAAUUAAUUAAAAACUAUUAAAUUUCAAUAAUGAUAAAUUA